AUGGCGAGAUCACCAUACUACGGCUCAUCGUACUUAGACUACCUCUCUGUCCCAAACCCACAUCUCUGUGUUUUCUUCAUGGUUGUACUCUCCAUAUUCUCCCUGACAUUGUAUUUGAACUACGAGUCUAUCUUUGAAGACACCAUGAAUUACCUCAAUCUCAUCUUUAUGCUCUCCCCUCUCUUUUUAAUCCUCCUCGUCCAUUUCUUCUCCGGUGGCCUCUCCUUCUACGUUCCCUGGCCUGAAAAAGACUCAAUCCACCGUGCUGGUUCCUCCCCUUGGGGCGUAGCAGCUGUGCUCGUGAUUAUCUUGUUUAUGGUCUCUUAUCAGUCAGACAUCCAAGAGAUGUGGUUCCCCUUUGGAGCUAAGUAG